GAAGUCCCGUCCAGCUCCGCCUCUUGUCCCCUCUCCCUCUGUGCAGUUUUGAUCCGCCAGACCCCUCCCCUCCCCAUCCAGCGCCGCCGCCCUCCUCGCCGUCGCCGUACAGACGUGCAUCCUCCUCCUUCUCCGCCUCCUCCGGUGCCGACUCUAUAGCCUGGACGAACAGCAACCCAAGCUACAGCAGGGAUCUCGAUUGGACCAAGACAAGGUACACAUGCACAAAAUUUUCACCGUGGAGAGCUACGGACUGUGAUGCUUAGGAUGGUGCAGCCUCACUAAUUAGAUUAUUCGUUGGUAAUCUGAAAAAACUAGGUCAUUCUUUAGUGUUUGGCACUCCUCUGGGGAAACAGGAGGGUUCAAAAUUACAGGGUUAUGAUUCCAGUGCAAAGGAAAUUGAAAUUUUGGGGAUUUAUACUCUACAAAUUUAUAGUUGUCAUCCAUCUAUGUAGUAUGUAGUGUGCUGCGCACUGCACAACUUUUUGUAGAAACACUAAAUCUGGUUGUUGUGUACAGCGACUCUUUUUUGUGCUUUCUUACUUAUUUGUUGCUAUGUAGUACUCCAUCCGUUCCUAAAUAUAAGUCUUUGCAGAGAUUUCACUAUGGACUACAUACGGAGCAAAAUGAGUGAAUCUACACUCUAAAAUGCAUCUACAUACAUCUGUAUGGGGUUCAUAGCGGAAUCUCUCCAAAAACUUAUAUUUAGGAACGGAGGGAGUACUAAAUUGUUGUCUCCAAGCUACCUCAGAUAUUGUUUCAUGAUUAUGCUAAUCUUCACAUAAUUAUUUUCGUGGCUCUGUUGUGUUUUCCUUGCUCAAGAUAGUGUAUAGUUUAUCUGUAUUGCUGUCGUUUUUCCGGCUUAAGGGACUCUGAGAACGCACAACGUGAUUCGAUCCCUCCUAUUGGUAAGGAAAUUUCUUCACCUUUGCUUUGCUUUGCUUUGCUUUUCAUCUUUUUUUACUCGACGAGCAACCAGAUCUUGUUCUCUCUAGUCCUUUCUUCUAAGAUAAGAUAUGAGCUUUUGAUUCCAUUAUUUGAAUCGAGGUAGCUAAUACUAAUAGCAGUCGUUUUCUUUUUGUUAUUUUGCCCAUGUGUUGAUUGCAUCUCAGGCCUCAAUUGGGCGUUGAAGAUGCGUUGCAGCAACAGGGGGGAGGAUACCGAUACACAUGGCCAAUGCACAAGAUGGUUGCGGCGCAUCGCUUCCGUACGAGAUGAUCAUACAGGUUCUGCAGUGGCUCCCAGUCAAAUCCGUCUUCCGCUUCAGGGCAGUUUGCCAUUCCUGGGCUGCGCUGCUCUCCUCCGAUGAAUUCCGCCGCCUCUACAUGUCAGCAGCCAAGGCUGCAAAGCAGCGGGCACCACCAGCCAAGCUGCUACACAUCUCACCGACCGCCACAUUCGACUCCACCGCGGUCUACUCACACUCCUUCUCGUCAUCAUCAUCAUCAUCAUCAUCAGGCGGCCCUAGAGAUCACGCGGACCUACUGUUCACCAUCGACGGUGCCCGUGGCAACUAUGUGGAGGUAGUGACGCCCGCGCCAUGCCAUGGCCUCACCCUUCUCUACGAUGCUCUCGACACAGCCUACUACAUCUGCAACGCGGCCACACGGGCAGCCACGCGUCUGCUGCCUUCUACUGACGUAGCAUGCGAUUCGAGUGCUGGGCUGGGGUUUGAUGCCCGCACAGACGAGCACAAGGUGGUGAGGUUGAUCAAUGGGAUGUUGAAUCUGAAGGACUUGGACCCAGUGAGGUGCGAGGUGUACACGCCUAGAGGCUCCUAUGUGGAUUGCCGCUGGAGGCCGGCUGCCAGAGGAGUACCCUCCAGCUUGCAUAAAUUUGUACAUGCCGCUGUUAUUAAUGCGUCAUGCAACAAAUUAUCUCCUGUGUUUGCCAAUGGUUGCCUCCACUGGUUGAUGACACCUGCCUCUUUCAUCACGACUCCAAGUGUUGCCAUCGUGUCCUUUUCGGUCGCAGACGAGACCUUCACAUGUCUCCGCUCACCGCCCUUCUGGGUACCAGGAGCGCCGCCAACCUCCAGGAAUUGGUCAUCAGGAGAGCAACUAUUGGAGAUGGAUGACCAACUAUGUUUGGUUCACAACAGAAUUCCUCAUGGUAGUAACACUUUGGAGAUAUGGAAACUGCUGGACUAUAGCUCUGGUGUCUGGUUGCUGAAUCACCGAAUUAGUUUGUCAGGGCACCUGGCAAGAGAUUUGCGUCAGUCACAAAUUCUGAGAGUUAUUGGAUCUUUUGGCAGUUAUAGGUCGUCAAGGAAGAAGAUAAUCAUUACUACUAGCAUGCACAAGAUUUUCAACAAAUAUCAGAAAAUGGUUCACACCUAUGACCCUAGGUCUGAGGCUCUGGAAACCAUUCUUUCAAUCACGGAGACACACUCAACUCCACAAUAUGGGCGCCCUAGUUCAAGAUUCAGUUUCAUUCAAGAGACCCUUGCUCCCGUGCAUACAACAGAUGAAGAGAUAGCCUUGUCAUCUGACCUGGCUAAGGCGACUAGAGAGAUCCUACUCCGCCUCCCAGCUAAAUCAGUCAUACAGUCCAAAUUUGUCUGCAAGCAGUGGUUCAGAUUGAUUGAGAGUAAAAACUUCAUUCAGUCAUAUUUUCAGCAUAAGAACAUAGACAGAAGACCUGAAGUCAUGCUUGUGGUGAAGAGCACUGGACGGUUGGGCUUCAGUUUUGCUCCAUUGAAUAAAUUCCUCCAAGAAGCCCCUAGUCACAGUACAUUGCUUGAUACAAAGGUGGUUUGCUCUAAGCCUUGCCAUGGGCUAAACUUGGUAAGCACCGAGACGAAGGACUAUCUCUGCAAUCCAUGUACAGGUUUCCAUAGGGGCUUCUCUAACCUGGGGUCAAAUUUGCACCUACACUCGAGAAUGCCUAAAAUAGAAGAGCAUGCUUUUACAGUCGGCAGUAAAAAUGUUGGCUUGACUUUCAACACUUUGACUCGUGAACAUGUUAUUGUGGAAAUCUUCUAUCACCGGAAGGACUUUGAAUCUCGUCAGUAUGACAUGUCAUGCACGUUACACUGGUGUAACACUCCGAAUGCUGCCCAAGAGCACUCAGUACCACCUCUGCCUGUGAAUGACAUGCCACCGGCCUAUGUUAAAGGAAUGCUGUACUGGAUGAAUGAACCAAGGUUGGGACAGAGCUGCGAAUGGGCCAUUGUUUCUUUCAACCUUGCUACAAGUACUUUCGAUGUCGUCCCAUGCCCUUCGUGGUUUGCAAGAUGGAGUAGCAGAAACCGCUGUCGUGCAUUUGUUGUUGAGCUUGAGGGAGUGUUAUGUGCUGUUUUGGCAGACCCAGUUGCAGACAAAUUAGAUGUAUGGAAGCUAGAGCAUGGCCAAUGGGACAGAGCAUACACAAUUCACCUAGAAGCAUGUCCUGGCUAUUCCCUCAAGACAUGUGUUGUGGUGCCAUUAGCUGUUGAUCCCGAUCAUGGGAGGAUCCUGCUCAACACUGUUAGGAAAAUAGGUCUAUAUGAUCCAGUGGAGCAAACAAUUGAAAAUCUCUAUUCACUUGAUCAGGUGCCGGUUGCCAGUAGUGCACAUCUUAAGUUUCUUGACAUGCCUUCAACUUCAUCAGGGGAUAGUUUGACAUGCUCCAAAGAAGAGUCAGUGGCGGAGAUGAAUAGAAUGGACUCUAAAUUGAUUCCUUCUGUUCCUAUGUUAUAUGAGGAGAGCCUGGCAUGUUACUCAUUUGUGCGCAAAGCAAACGGCUUGUGGUGAGACAUUUUCAAAGCACCCACACUACCUUUUUAUAUAAAGUAUUUAUGUGUAAUAUCUUGCCUGCAUGUUUGGCGAACUGAAACAUCCAAGGUUUGAUAAUGUAAUAGUAUGAGACCUUUUUAUUUACUGUCUGAUGUUCCUUUUAAUGUGAUGAACUCCCUCUGUAAGCUUUUAUAAGAAGAUUUAGGUCACUACUUUAGUGAUUAAAACGUCUUAUAAAAGUUGAGAGUAUUAUUAUUUUGCAUUCAAAAUAUAAUGAUCAAAGUGUUGCUAAUGU